AUGCACUAUUUGCCGCUCGCUCACUCAUGGAGAAGCAUCGGGGAAAAGCGGAAACCACUUCAUAUGGCUUCCUUGGACCUCGAGCAAGCUUGCGAUCGAGUGCCUCACCAACUAAUCUGGUAUGCGCUACGUGAGCAUGGAGUGCCUGAAGCACUUAUCAGCUGGAUUCGAAUGCUGUAUAUGGACACCACCAGUCGAGUACGAUGUGCUGCGGGUUUAUCGAAGAGCUUUCCAAUGAAGUUUGGAGUUCACCAAGGUCGACAAGAACAAGACCCAGACAUCAAGCAACUUUGGGUUCUCGAGUUCGUCGGAAUCACAGAUAGUACGUGUCCUGCACAGGACGACUACGUCAACGCUGAGGUGGUUAGAGGUUACUACGACGCCGUACAGACGCCCACAGCACCAGUACGAUUCACUCCGCAACAAAGAACAGCUAUGGAAACAAUACUGCGUGACCUUAAAAAACCAGGAAAGAUCAGGUAG